AUGUCGUUCUUAAAACGGAAAAGCGUAGCCUUACUACGCCAACUUAAUUUGAAUCAACCUAGUGUAGAGGAACUGCACGCCAUGGAUCAUGCAGAGCUAUCAGUGAGAUUAGAGCAGCUAGAUCGUAUUCAAGAUCAAUUCGAGUCAACGCAAUCUCAACUGGAAGAGGAAGACCCUAAUGAACUUGACGCCAACAAUCGCGAUGAAUUUGCAGCCACGUUCAUUAGGAGCAAGGCAGCAUUUACCAGAGAAUUAAACAAGGUGGAUUACCAACCAAUGUCGUCAACGAGGAAUCCACCACUUCAGGAGCAGCCAUCCGUCGUCAUAGUGAAGCAGCCAAGGUCGCGCCUACCAGAAUUACAGCUACCACAAUUUGGUGGAGCAUACACAGAAUGGCCGAACUUUUUUGGCAUGUUUCAAACGGUUGUUAACAAUGACUCUGAACUGUCGAAUCUGGAAAAAUUCCAGCACCUGCGAUCCUGCUUGAAGGGUGCAGCGCUGGACACCAUUCAAUCUCUUGAAAUUCGUGAUGAAAAUUACAUAACUGCAUUGAACUUACUAGUUGAAAGAUUUGAUAACCGACGUUUAAUUUUUCAGGCCCACAUUCAUGAGUUAUUCAAGCUGCAAAGGGUGAGUGCUGAUAGGCAAUCAGGAGAAUUACGGUCGCUUGUGGACAGAAUUGUAUCGCAUGUUCGAGGUUUACAGUCGCUGGGCACAACCGAACAAAUAGCCGACUGUUUACUCCAGCACAUUACGGCACAGAAAUUGGAUGCGACCACGCAUACGCUAUGGGAAGAACGAGUAUCCACUGACAGACUGCCCACUUGGACGGACAUGGUUACUUUUUUGCAAAAGAGAUGCCAAGCAAUGGAAAAUGUGGCCCACGCUAUGGUAACGAAGACACCUAGCACUCAGGUGAGCAAUGCAAAAUAUCGAAAAACCUCAUUUGUCGUAUCAAAGACUGCUCAAAAAAUCUGUGCUGUCUGUAAUAAGCACGAUCACGUCGUCUACUCCUGUCCCGCGUUUGCCAGUAUUAGCCCGAAUGAACGCUGGAAAAAGGCAAAAAACGCUAAAUUGUGUAUUAAUUGCCUUAAACCAGGCCAUCAGGUGCAGCAGUGCAAAUCAUCUGCAUGCCGCCGUUGCUCGUUGAUGCACCACACUCUAUUGCAUUUUAAUCAGACGGAUCAGACGAAUCUCAGACCGCCCGAAGGAUUACCUAGUCCAGCGCAGUCAGCACCACUCAUAGCCAUGACAGCCAGCACUUCGUCUCCAGCUCAACCAACUGCUAACUCAAAUGAAUGCGUGCUACUUGCUACUGUUGUUGUUUUAAUUCGCAACUAUGUCGGUUCUCUCGUGCCAUGUCGUGCCAUUCUUGAUUCCGCUUCCCAGCUUAAUUUUGUAACAACUAGACUCGCUAGUCAAUUACAGCUUAAAAAAUCUAAGUCAUUAGUGACAGUUUCGGGCAUUGGAGACUUAGAACUCGUUAUCGACUCCAGCGUGAACAUCUUCAUUCAGUCAUUACAUAGCAACUUCACUGCGACUAUAGAUGCAGCAGUAACUCCAACAAUCAUCGAUUGCCAACCAAAUUAUUCACUUGACAUCACUCAUUGGGAUAUUCCAGCGAACAUAACUCUGGCAGAUCCCGAAUUUCACAAGCCGCAACGUGUGGACCUCCUGAUCGGCGCAAGCAUGUUCUUUGACCUGCUAUGUAUUGGUCAAUUUCAUUUAAGAAAUAAUAAUCAUAUUUUGCAAAAAACUCGUUUUGGCUGGGUUGUGUCUGGCGGUCGUGGUAUCUCGUCAAGGUUAUCAUCCUACACAACUACAGCAACAAAUUCAUUUGAGUCUGAUGCGGUUCAUCAAACUACCAACGAUAUGGUGCGUUCACUUUGGGAGGUAGAAAACAGUUUUGAGCCCAUUAGAAAGGCUACAAAGGAGGAAAUCGAUUGCGAGGCUCAUUUCAAGGCGCAUUACAGUCGUAUGGCGACAGGUGAAUAUUGGGUUCGCCUUCCUUUAAAGCCUAGCGUACAUCAACUUGGAGAUUCGUACCAUCAGGCUUUGCGACGGUUUUUGGCUCUUGAAAGGCGUCUUCAGCGCAAUCACGAAGUGAAAGCACAAUAUUCAUUAUUCAUGAAGGAGUAUAUUGAGCUCAAUCAUAUGUCUCCUAUCUUAAAACUACCAACAACAGUACCUGUUUACUUCAUGCCUCAUCAUUGCGUAUUCAAGAAUGACAGCUCAACAACCAAACUCAGAGUUGUGUUCGAUGGCUCGGCGCUGACGACAACUGGGUAUUCAUUGAAUGAGGUACUGAUGACGGGUCCAACGAUACAGGCAAAGCUAGUAGAUACUCUCAUUCGUUUUCGAUCACAUUCGGUCGCACUGAGCGGCGACAUUUGUAAGAUGUAUCGGUGCAUUAAAGUCGCAGCCCCUGAUAACUACUUGCAAUGCAUACUUUGGAGGGAUGACCCUCAAGAUGACAUCCAAAUGUUCAAACUCGAUACAGUGACUUACGGCACAAAGUCCGCACCCUAUUUAGCAGUUCGCACCAUGCAUCAGCUUGCGGCUGAUGAAGCAGCUUCAUAUCCUCUUGGCGCUCAGAUCAUUUUGCGCGAUUUCUACGUCGAUGACUUAAUCACCGGCGGCGAUACCAUUAAUGACGUAACUCAUAUAAUGCAACAAACAUCUGAACUACUAGGUAAAGGUAAUUUUAAAAUUAGGAAAUGGUGCUCGAAUGUACCAAAAGUGCUCAGCAACGUACCAGACGCAGAUAGAGAGAAACUCAUCAAGUUUGAUGAUGGUAGUUACAUCACAAAGACGCUUGGGCUCCAAUGGGACCCUGAUUCCGAUCUGUUUCUAUUUUCGUUUGUUGCACGCCAGGCAAAUAAGAAAAUAACUAAACGCUCAGUUUUGUCAACAAUUGCCCAAUUUUAUGAUCCACUAGGAUUGAUUGGACCCAUCGUAUGCAAAGCAAAAAUAUUUCUUCAACGCUUAUGGAUGGAAGGGCUCGAUUGGGACGAAAGUCUACCAUUAUCGCAUCAAACAGCUUGGCUUCAGCUGUAUGGGGAAUUCGGUACCCUAAAGCAAUUGAAAUUUCCUCGAUACGUGGCCAUCCCAAAUGCUUGUCUGGAGUUACAUGCAUUCUGCGACGCUAGCCUCUCAGCGUACGGCGCUUGUGUCUAUAUUGUUGCCCGCCUACAGAGAAACGUUCGCACUACAUUACUCUGCUCAAAGUCCAGGGUUGCACCACUGAAAUCAAUUACAGUUCCCAAGCUGGAGUUAUGUGCAGCUACGCUUUUGGCGCAAGUAGUCCAUGCCAUUGACAAGUUACGCGUUUUCAAUUGUUCGUUUUUCUGUUGGUCGGACUCCACAACGGUUUUAUCAUGGCUAAAGGAGGAACCGUCUAGUUUUAAUGUUUUUGUCGCCAAUCGCAUUACAACCAUACAACAGUCCACAAAAGAUAUGGAAUGGCGCUAUGUGCCAACGAGUCUCAACCCGGCAGACAUUUUAUCAAGAGGUGCUUCGCCAAUCGAAUUGGCAAGUUCAUCGCUUUGGGCCAACGGGCCUCCAUUUCUACACGAAUCAGAAAUAAAUUGGCCCAAACAUAGUAUUAAACUUGAAACUUUACCUGAACGACGGAAAGUGGCGUUACUGUCCUCGUCUUCAGUAGUUGAUGCCUCGCUGAAUUGCAAAUACAUUAAUUCCUUUGCAGCAAUGCAGCGAAUAUAUGGCUAUGUGCAUAUGUUCAUUAAGAUGGACCGCUCAGGUAAUCUCACCACAGCACACAUUCAACACGGAACUUGGUAUUUACUUCGUAUGGUACAACGAGUUCAAUUUUGUUCGGAAUAUAAGGCUCUGAAAAGGAAUUUGCCCAUAAGCUCAUCAAGUAAACUAACAUCUCUGACGCCCUUUUUAGAUUCUUUUGGACUCAUUCGAGUUGGAGGUCGUUUAAGAAACUCGUUGCUUAAUUUUCAGUCUCGCCAUCCAAUACUGUUGCCGAAGGGACAUCCACUUACUAACUCUAUAAUAAUGCAUUUUCAUCACCAGAAUCUACAUGCCGGACCUCAAUCAUUAGUGGCAGCAAUACGACAACAAUACUGGCCCGUUGGUGGCAAAAAAGCCGUAAGUCACAUCAUAAACAAAUGCGUGCGAUGUUUUAGACUCAGACCCAAGAUGUGUGAACAAAUCAUGGGCAAUCUACCUGAGGGUCGCGUCCGACCCAGCCGACCAUUUCUCACCACUGGUGUUGACUAUUGCGGGCCUUUUCACUACCGAUCUGAAAUAAGAGGGAGACCACCAACCAAAUGUUAUAUUUGUCUCUUCAUAUGUUUUACUACGAAGGCUGUUCAUAUGGAACUCGCCAAGGAUCUGUCUACUGAGUCGUUUCUAGCCGCCUUGAGGCGAUUUUAUUCUAUUCGCGGCAAACCGAUGGUCAUCUGGUCCGAUAACGCCACAAAUUUUGUUGGGGCGAAAAAUGAGAUGGCUGAAUUACGACAACAUUUCCUUAAGCAACAACACGUUGAAGAAGUUCACCGGCAAUGUCUCAUCGAAGGAAUUGAUUGGAAGUUCAUACCACCAAGGUCUCCACAUUUUGGAGGCCUUUGGGAGUCCUCAAUCAAAAUGGCGAAAUUCUACUUCUGGCGAGUUGUUGGUUCAGCGUUGCUUACUUUUGAUGAACUUAGGACUCUUAUAUGUCAAAUUUCAGCGGUGAUAAACUCUCGACCACUUUGUUCAAUUUCAGAAAAUCCUAACGACUUAGAUGUCCUAACACCAGCGCAUUUUUUGAUAGGUGCUCCACUCACAUCCAUACCAGAACCAAACCUUUCGACACUUAACAUCGGCCGACUUGGACACUGGCAGCGAAUUCAGUUCAUGCAGCAAGUAUUUUGGAAAAGAUGGAGUUCCGAAUACUUAUCACUUCUGCAACAACGCUCCCGUUGGAGAUCGUCAAGAGACAAUAUCGCAGUCGGAACACUUGUCCUCAUCAAGGAUGAAGUAUUGCCACCACUGAAAUGGCCGCUUGGUAGAAUAACUCAGAUUUUCAAGGGAGAUGAUGGCAUGGUUCGAGUAGCUGAAGUUAAAACUGAAGGUGGCGUUUGUAAAAGAGCCAUUGCCAAAUUGUGCGCUCUUCCCAUCGAUGAUAACGUGGUUGGCAGUAUAAUCUCCCAACGGGGGGAGAAUGUUCAGAGCGCCAUAGCAUAA